AUGGGGUCCCUUACAUUUUUAACCGAUGCUGUAUCUGCAAUCAAGAAAAGCGUGUCCGAUAAUUUACCCCUUAUGCUGUACAUCUCUGACCACGCCUCGGAAACCAUCGGGGACAAUCCAACGGACAAUAAUAACAAAGACGAAUAUAUUACUAGAGUUAUAAUAGAUAACAAACAUUUGUCCGAAGAAUGUAUUAGUUGCAUUUCAGAAAAAUUCAUCAGGUUGAAAAUUAUCAAAGGUUCAACAGAUUACCUCAAUUUGCUUGCAAUAAUGCCUCUUUUUGAUAAAGUGGUUGUUCCAUGUUUAUUUUUCAUAUACUCUGGCCAAGUAAUUGACGCUUUCCCACAAGAUAUUGACCCUAUAAAAGUGGAAGGUAAAAUUAUGGGUCUCCUUGAUAAAAUCUCAAAACAAAGCGCAACUUUGACAUCAUCUUCAACACCGGCGCCACCAGGAGCUAGAGUGCCAACAACAACAAAUGUGUCAUCGCCACCUCCAGAGGUAGACCAAUCUAUCCGGAGCUCAAACUCGAUGUUCUACUCUACUUCUAAUACUACUUCACAAGAAGCAAGUAGUGGUUCUAAUAAUCCAUCAAAAAGUAAUGCCAAGUCUUUAAAGGAAGAAGCGGCAGAACUUGCAGCACUUAAAUAUAGGGAGUCCCUAUUAAAGCAAAGACAGCAAGCAAUGGAAGAUCGACAACGUAUCCUGCAUCUUCUUGAGCAAGAUAGAAGGGAAAACAAACCAACUGAAAAUGUUACAAAGCAGCUCGAAGUUCAUGAGAAUAUUCAUAACGUGAAGCUACAGAAUAGGGAAAAGUAUACAAUCCAACUUAAAUUACUAGAUGGAAGUACUAAACGUGUGAAUUUUAAGGCAAAUGAUCGGCUAUUAGAUGUACGAAGUUACAUUCUUAAGGAGCUUCCUGAGUAUAAUUCUUUCCCAUUUUAUUUUUUCAAAAACAUAGAUAGAAUUACCUAUGGCGAUGCAGAGGAACUGCAAUCUUUGAAAUCUCUAAAUCUAAACAUGUCGACACUAAUAAUCAAGCCAAUGGAUCCUGAAGAUAUUCCAAAGGCUAACAUCACUAAUGAGUAUCCCAAUACAUCAUCAUUUGGAUGGUUCAAAAGUAAAAUUUACUCGUUCCUAUGGCCUGAAUCAAAUCCGGCAGCAAGUGAGACCGAUAAUGAAAGCGAUAAAGGUUUAGUUUACCACACACCACCUAGUCACACUCCAUGCCAUGAUUCAAAUUCCUCUCUAAGGCCGGUGUUGAGUAGUUUUAAUCUUUAUGGGUCUCAGUCCUUCCUGUCUUCUUCUUCCAUUGAUCUUGUUCAGGAAUCUAAUUCCAUACCGCCUGCAUCAUCAACGUCGUCCCAAUCUCUGCCACAAGCGCCAACAGCGAUAACAUCAUCACCAUCGCCGCCAGCACAUUCAUCCGAAGCCUGUAUAAAAAAAUCCAAAAACAAGCCUGACAAAAAGAAAGAUGAAAACAACGUGGAUAAUGGUAAUUCUGUAUCCAUACAUGUCCCCGAAGAUCAAAACUAG